AAACGGGCGCCAAAAUAGCGUAUGCGAAAUAGAAAAGAAAACGCUGUCAAUUGUUUUUUAUUUUAUUUUGAAUAUAAGAAGCGGUGAAGUGAGAGUGUGACGUGCAAGAUGACCAUGAGCCUGGAUGAGACCAUCUGUGCGUAUUUUGUGAACAAUCUCAAAUCGAGCGACAGCAAUGAGCCGGACACACUGGAGCAGUUCACGACGGCGCUGAGGCUGAUGGGCGAGAAGCUGGCCGAGACGCAGAUACGCCAGAUCAAGCCCAGCGAGGGCUAUCCCCUGAUAGCGGCCGGCAAUCUCACCAAAAAGGAUGUCUUUGUGCUGGCCCAAUUCGAGGGCGAUUUCUUUCAGCAGCUGCAAAUGACCAAGGCCCUGAUACUGGGUCCGCCCUGCCUGGUGUCCUGCCUGCGGCACAACGAUCCGGUGCCGCUGGGCAGCAGUGCCAUCUACACGACGGCCAUGCGUGAUCUGGUGGUGUCUGCCACCGGCAUAACACCGCAAAAGAAGGAGGAGCUGAGCAAGCUGAUCAAAUGGAUGGGCGGCGUUUACUUUCAGAGUUUCGGCCACAGCACCACGCACCUCAUCUCGAACACCAUCAAGUCGCACAAGUACGAGCAGGCGACGCUGACGGAUGUGCCCGUGAUGCAUGUCGACUGGGUGCAGUACGUCUGGGACCAGAGUCGCAAGCGGAAAAGGGAGAGCCUGGGGGCCACAGAUGCCGAGUUUGACAAGUAUCGCCUGCCCACGUUCUUUGGGGCGAACAUCACGUGCAGCGGCCUCGAUGUGGCGCGCAAGGACGAGGUGAUGCGUCUGGUCAAUGAGAAUGGUGGCAUCUACCAUCGCGCCUUUCGCUCUCAGGUGGUGGACAUUGUCAUCACCGAGCAGUCCAAGACGGAUACCGACAAGUACAAGGCGGCCGUACGCUACAAGAAGGAUGUCCUGCUGCCCGAAUGGAUAUUCGAUAGCCACAGCCGUGGCUAUGCUCUGCCCACCAAGAGGUACGAGGUGCGCGCCGGCAAGAAGGUCUCCACGCCCACCAGGAGAGCAGCAGCAGCAGCAGUCGGCCCACUGGGCCCGGGCGACCAGACGCAGCUGUCGGAUCUGUCCAGGAUUAGCUUUGUCUCUGGUUCGGGCCGCAUGUGCAGCGACCUGACCACCGUCAACGAGACGCUCAACAGCCCAUCCAAGCAGCUGCUGAAGCAGGCCAGCAGCAGCAGGAGCUACCAGCAGGUUCUGGCCGACAUCUGUCCGCGUCAGGCCAAAAAGGCUGGCCCCCUGCUCGAUGGCUGUUGCGUGUACCUCAGCGGCUUUCGUGCCGAGGAGCGGGAGAAGCUCAAUCGCAUACUGAACACGGGCGGGGCCACACGCUACGACGAGGCCAACGAGGGCAUAUCGCACAUUAUUGUCGGCCAGCUGGACGACGCCGAGUACCGGCAGUGGCAGCGCGAUGGCCUCAUGGCCACCGUGCAUGUGGUGCGCCUGGACUGGCUGCUCGAGAGCAUACGCUUUGGUCGUAUCGUCAACGAGCUGGCGCAUCGCGCCUCCCUGCCGCAGACGGGGGAGCCAGAUGUGGCCUCGCCCGCCAGCAAGCGGACGCUGCGAUCGAUGAAUCACAGCUUCAAGCAGCCCCAGCAGCUGCCCAUCAAGAAGAAGCUGUUCAGCGCUGAACCAGAACCAGAGCCACAGUCACAGUCACAGCAGGAGCAGCCCCAGGACGUGGACGUGGAUGUGGAUGUGGAGCUGCUCAAUCAGUAUUCGCAGGACCAAGAGCCAGCAGCACAGCUGCCGCCGACAGCGACGACGGCCAGUACGGAGGUGAGCAUGCUGCUGCAUCCGGCGGCAAGCUCCACACAAUUGGAGAUACGUCCAGCCCCUGGCAGUCGCCCAUCAACGACGGCUGCAGCACUGGCCCUGGCCCUGCCGGAUCUCAGCGCCAGCACGUUGUCCAUUGACUUUGACAAGCUGGACUACUUCACGGGCGUCUCCGUGUACGUGCACAAGGAGUCCUUCAACAAGGAGUUCUACACGCAAAUGCUGAGCGAAUGCGAGGCUGCCCAGGGUCACCUGGUGCCCGCCAGCUUCUCCGAUGAGGUGGACUAUGCCAUUGUCAGUUUUGAGGUGCCCUUCGCGGCGGACAGCCUGCCCGUUAGAGCGCGCCAUGUGGUCACCGAGCUGUUCCUCGAGAGCUGCAUGAAAAAGAACAAACUGCUGGCCGCCGAAUACUAUCAUCUGCCAGUGCCGUAUGCGGCCAGUCGAGAGCCCCUCCAGGGCAUGACCAUUGUGGUGUCCAUCUAUGCGAACCUGGAGCGCGACUUUAUCAAUUCGGUGGCCACACUCCUGGGCGCCUCGGUCAACAAGACGUUCAUCAAGAAGGAGAAACCGCUGCUGGUGUGCCCCACAGCCGAGGGCUCCAAGUAUGAGGGGGCCAUCAAGUGGCACUAUCCGGUGGUGACGGCCGCCUGGCUGGUGGAGUGCGCCCAGGCGGGCGAGAAGCUGCCGUAUGCCGGUCAUUUGGUGGGCAAGAGCGAAGCCGAUUUUCCCACAAUCUCUCCGCGUCUCAAGGAGAACAAUUUGCGCACACCACGGCGUCAGGAGCAGCAGCAGCAGCAGCAGCAGCAGCCAGCCAUGGACGAGGAUGAAAACCAGCCAGAGGUUACGCUCAUUCCUGUUGCCAGCAGCGCUGCAGUCGUGCCAUCAGUGCCUGUGCCUGUGCCAGAGCUAACGCCGCUGCGCAAUCGUCGCGUCUCCGAGCUGGCGGGCGUGCGGCGUGGCAGCAGCAGCAGUUCGUCGUCGCCCACAGAUUCGCCGCGCACCCCCACCAAUCAGGUGUACAGCCAGGGCUACAAUUUUGAGUUCCUGGAAGAGUUCGUCCAGCGGCUGGACACGGACGAGGGCAAGGACUGUGUGCGCCAGAUCAUACGCGAGAUGCGGGAGAACCAAACGCCCGAGCUGGAGCGCAUACGCAGGCAGGCGUGCACGCCGGUCAGCCAUCAGCAUCCGCGACCGGCGCCGGGCAUACCCGAGUUCUGUUUGACGCCCGAAUUUAAGCAGCGUAUGGCCGAUGAUUUCGAGCGACGCUGGCGCCUGCCCACGCAAAAAAUCCAGCCAGACACGCCCAUAUCGGUGAUCAGGAAGCGGGUGAUGCGCAUUACCUGCGAGACGCUGGGCAUUGACUAUGACGGCAUGGAGGAGGAGGAGCAAAAGCAGCAGCAGCAGCCGGUCAGCAGCAGCAGCAGCGGCAGCGGCAACCUUAAGAAGACUCAAAGGCUAAGCUUUGAGGGAAGAUCCCCGAAGACACCCAAAGCCACAGUUAAGAGGGCGACACCUCCACGCCUCUCUGUGUCGCAUCUUAGUGGCUCGCCAUCGGCAUCCAAUUACGUGCCAAACACCCAGAGUCCUGCGGGUGUGGCAGCGGCUGAGAGCACCAUUAAUUUUGAUAAAAUCAGCUUCGAGGAGACAACAACAGGAGGAGCAGCAGCAGCUGCAGCGGCGGCAGCGGCACCGGCCGGCCCAGAGCCGCUCAGUCGCCACAACUCGCCGGACGUCAAGCAGAUCACCGACUACCUAAAGCACUGCGAGAGCCGCCGGAACAGCCUGAAGCGCAGCCAUGACAGCCAUGUGGAGUCGGCCGAGAGCGAAAUGCAGUUUGUACAGCCAUUCGAGUCCGAGGGCUUUGCCUUGGCCACCGAGGACACGGUGGACUGGCGUGAUCCAGGCGAAUUCAAUGCGGCCAAGCGGCGCUCAUCGGGCUCGCCACGCAUGCAGCAUGCGGGCACACCCUGCUUCAGCAUCUCCUGCGGCGACGACGAAGAGAAGCGCGCCGAGCUAAUCGACCGCAUUCAGCAGCUGGGCGGCAAACUGUGCGAGAAUCUCGUCAACUAUGACGAGGCCUGCACGCACUUGCUCUGCGAGCGUCCCAACCGAGGCGAGAAAAUGCUGGCCUGCAUUGCCGCUGGCAAGUGGAUCCUCAAUAUCCAGUAUAUCGAACAGUGCCACACCCGGGGCCACUUUCUGGACGAGGCCCUGUACGAGUGGGGCAAUCCGCGUGCCCUCAAUCUGCCCACUCUGGCACCCGAAGAGGAUGUCAUUGCUGUGGCCGCACAUCGCUGGCGCACCGAACUGAGUGCCUCUGGCGGUGGCGCCUACUCCGAGCAUCGUGUCAUACUCAGUCUCCAUGAGCGCAGUGGAGCGGCCAUACGGAAUGUAUUGCGUGCUGGCGGUGCUUGCAUUUUGGAGCCGCGCUCUCCGUUUGCCCAGGAUCCGGUGGCGGCCACAGCCACCGUUUGUUUUGUGGACAUCAAAAAGGCACCGCUGGCGGCCAGGGAUCUGGCCCAUUUGCAGCACUGUGGGGUGCGCGUCUUCACCCAAUUGGCCAUCAACUAUUAUCUGAUGAAUGGUCGGGAGGCCAAUCAAGAUAAAUAUGUGGUCAAGUAGAACUGAAACCUGAAACCUGCAGCUGAUCUACGCUUAGCUUUAAGUAUCUCCUCUUUUUUUUUUAUCAACAUUUUCUUUACAUUUAAACA